UCAGUGUCGAGCGUUCGCUGGCGUUGAGCGGCCGAAUAUUUCAAGAUCAGCUCGGGAUUAAACUGAAUUUGCCAUGAGGGCGGCUGUCUUUGUGUGUCUGCUGCUGGGAUGGGUGGGCGUGGCCACGCCAAGGCGUUUGCGCGGACCGCAAGCUGACCGACUGGCGAUCACCCUGUACUACGAAGCAUUGUGUCCCUACUGCAUGGAGUUCGUGACCACGCAGCUCAAUCCCUCGAUGGUCCGUCAGGAUCGACUUCCAUUCACUGAUCUUACGCUGGUUCCUUAUGGAAAUGCCAGGACGAACGAUGACGGAAAUGUGGAGUGCCAGCACGGAGUGAUGGAGUGCGAAUUGAACGCGUGGCACGCCUGCAUACUGGAGCACCAUGACAUUGCCCAAUCCCUCAAGCUGAUCGCCUGCAUGAUGAGGGGUAAGAAGAACAGGCUGGAAAAGUGCGCUGACCACUAUCAAAUCGACGUGGGCGAUGUCAAAAAUUGCAAGAAAACGCGACAGGUGAACGACAUUCUGAGGAAGUACGGCAAGGAAACGGCCAAGGUCUCAUUUCAGGGAGUGCCAGCCGUAGCUCUGGAUAACGUUUAUAACGCGGAUCUAUCAGCAAACUUAACUGAUCAUUUUGAUGCCAUUUUUUGCGCCAAGUAUAAGGAAAAGUUCAAUAAGCAGCUAAAUAAUUGUCAAUAAAUAUUGUGUUCAUUU